AUGUGGAAUCCCGUUCAUUGGCCCAUCUGGAUAUGGGAGGUUGUUGCCGCUCUCGCGGCACUGAAAUGGCUGCUCAAAUGGACUGUCGGGUUCGAUGUGACCUACAUUAAUCCGAUGAAGGCAAAAAUCGGGUUCAAGUAUAAGAACCUGCUAGAAGUGAAAGAUUUACAAGUUAUACCUUUGCAGAAGAAGAUUAUUCUCAGCGGUGUGACAGUCUUUGCAAAUGAUAAGAAAAAGAAGGUACCGACGGCGGGGCCUUCCACUACAGAUGGCCAAAAGAAGCUUCCCCAGAAGAAGAAACUCGAGUUGCCCAAAUGGGUCUCGUCGAAGUUUGGCUUAUUGUCGUUUUUUUUAGACGAUUUCCGGAUUGCAGUGAAUCACCUCCACGUCGUGGACCAACAGUUGAAAGUAUCGGUUGUGUAUUUCGUGCUCAGCUUACAAGACACAGAGGGGAAACGCUUUUCGGUAUCGCUCGGUAUCAAGGAUGUCGAAUGGAGGAACGAGUCCUCCUGCUCUGACAUGUACUUGACCGUGAGAGGUCACUUGCCCACUGACAGUCCACACCCGGUGGACCAAGUUGAGGUAGAUUUGAAGCUGGGGAAAUUCUCACUCUCAAUGGAGGCACUGCACCAACUACAGCAGAAACAGGCCCUGGGGAAGACAAAACCAAUCAAGGAGACCCGCGCCCCACUGGACGAAAAGGAUAUCGACAAGAUUGUCGGAUCAAUUGUAGCAAAGACAGCACUGAUGGCAGACUCGGUACUACCAUUGAAAGAACUGAACGUCACAAUCGAAAAACUGUGCCUGAGAGAUUUGGCCAUCGCAAAACACGAAAGAUUGAGAUGUAUGAACAAGUUUUUAAGUUACAGCUUCUCGUUGUCAAACCUCACUUUCAACGUGAGCAGGUACCGCCCAGGGAUGCCAGGAUACCAACUAUCCUUCAAAGAGGAGGAUACACCAUUCAAACUCACUCUGAACAUGACAAGAGUCAACAUCUCGCUGAACAUGACCAGGAAACACAACCCAUCAGAGACCGUCAAGUUUUUGGAGAUACCAAAUAUUUCACUGUUUGGCGAAACUAACCUCGGUUCUCAAAAAUUCAAGCAUGACUACUUCCAAACUCCAGAAAACGCGGUUUGUAAUUUGAGAGCAAACGUUGCGUCCCCAACUAUGGAUAUCAACGUCGAACACUUGUCCUUCUGGAAGUGUUUUUUGAAAAACAUCAAGGUCUUCACAGAAGCCUUCACUGACCCAGUACAGGUGACGUGUGGUGGCAAUAAGGACAAGUUCGUCAUGAGAAGCGCGACUUUUUCCUACUUCAAAAGUUUCCUGCCCCUGGUUUUCGUCAAACUGAACCUGGAUGAUCCAAAGAUUGUGUUCAAAGAUAACGAUGACCUAAUAAUGGUGAAAUUGUCCACGUUCCUAGUCAACUGGCACUCGAAGAGAUUCUUCAGGGAAAAAAUGAACUCUUUGAAGUACGAGGAAGAGUUAUGCUACGAGAGCAAGAUAUAUCUUGAAGUACUCGAUCUAAGGUUCCAACAUAUCGUGAAGACAGAUAACUACAAAAACACCAUCUUCAGAAUCGACAGCAUUUCAUCUCUCCAUCACUUGAAGCUGGAACCAUCAACGAUAGUGGCCGUUUCAGGGGACAUCGAUAACCUCACCAUCGACUUAUCUGAAUUACGAACCAUGGUAAUGCUGAGUAAAAUGAUUAGAAAGCUUGAUUGCCAAAUAUCAAACGUCGAGAAAAAUUACUUCAAACCACUGUACGAAAAAUUCGCUGCACAGAUCAGUAACAGCGAACAGCAAUGCGACUUGAUUUCGAAAACAUUUGAAGAGGAGAAAGUAUUACCAAGCACCUUCCUGUUUGAGAAGUUGCCAGACUGUUUCGACUACGUUAAGUUUGAUGUCAGAAAAUUUACCAUGUUGUUGGGUGCAAGGUCUGUAUUUAUGCCUCCCGAUGUGUUCUCAUCGAUCGAGUCACAGAGUUCCCACGAUUUAGUUGACGGGAAACUGAGAAAAUUCUGUACCAAAAUGGAUCAACUUCAGAUCGCCCUUUUUGGGAAUUACACCCAGUGGAAAAACAAAUACGACGACGGAAAAGUUAACAUGGUCAAGCAUGGAGAAGAGGCAUCAUACAAGGGAUACUUUCACGAUGGUCUCGACGAUAUCUCAAGUACAGAGUCCACUGAGAUUGGCUUUAUAUGGUCCUUUAACGUACUGGCAAAUGACGUAACGUGCACAGUGAUUGGGGAAACUCCAGAUUCGACUAAUGAACUGACGUCAAGGACUGUGUCGAAGCUAUCUGUGCUGUCAUUGAACGUAUACCCUGACACAGACACACUGGAAAUCAACGAUUCCAAAAUGAUAAGGGUUCAAUUCAACAACAAAAAGGUUAAAAACGUGUUUUCCUUGAUGAACACUUUCUUGGUCAUAUCUGGUAUCCAUACGCUUCAUCAAAUAUUUGGUAAGUGCCAACAAACUGAGCAGGUGUCAUGGGCUAAACAGUACCUGAUGAAGAUCAAUAAGAGCAAAAAGAAAUCCUCUGUUAAGUUGAUACAAUGGAGCGAACUUAAAUCAUUGAUAGAUGUAAGCUUCCUAUCUGAAACAUUCGAUGAGAUAAUGUCGCUCCCUAAUGGACUAAAGACGAGGGUGGAAUCGCAUAAUACUCUUUUCACUGUGAGGAGUCUAAAGGACAUUGUCAUCUCGGGGGACUUUUUCCGGACUUGUAUUCAAUCACCUACUGACCCAUCGUUAUGGGAAAGGUUUGUGGUAAUUAACAAAUUUUCCAUAACAGCGGACCUCGAUGAGCUCAAAGCACAGAAGACAGCCAACUACGCUGACCUAAUCAAAGCCAAACCUGCAAUUAUAUUGGAAAACGAAUCUUGGCAUUUUUCGGUCCCAUUCAAAUUUGAAUUACACAGGCUGAUCGACAAUUUCUCCACUGUCUUGAAGACCAUAAAACAAAUGAUGUACUCUUUCAAGACUUCUAAAAAUGAUUUGGUGAUUUUCCCUUCAGUUACCCACUCAUCUGGGUUUCCACGCUUGAAGCUGAAGUCUAAGAGAUAUAUCUUGAGUAUAGCAGAUGACCCCUUCGAAGCCCAAAUGAACAUGAUUUUUCAGAUUGGUCUACAGGAACAAAGGUCCAGACUUGCAAAACUGAAGGAGUUUGACGACAUGAUGAUGACAAAGUUAUCCGCUUCUAAAGAGGUUAUUAACAAGAGAAAGGAGACCGUAAGCCAGAUUUUGAACAGGAAAAGGUUAGACCCUGAUUUUGAGAAAAAAUACAAGCCAAGUCCUGAAAACGACACAGGCGCUUUGAUUGACACACCAUUUAAUAUUGGCGGGAAGUCGAACAAAAAGACCCGCCUUGUCGAUCUUGUUUCCGACGAGGUGGAAAGAACCUACGAAAGAUUGGAACGCAACUUUUCUGACUCGUGGGUCAAGAGAAUUCAAAACUUCCGUUUAAAGGAGAGACAACAGUUCCAAGAGAACUUCUCAUUCUUGUGGGGUAACAUUGACUAUUCAAUUCUCCCACCUGAUGUCAACGAAAAGGUCACCGGGUUCACAACCUAUCCUUCUGUCUCAAGUCUCAUAAUGGAGGGUAUCGAUGUUGAUAUUUUCAAACCUUCAUGCGGUGUAGAAAAUAUUCCUGAAUUUAUCCAUAACGUGGGUAAAGGGGUUCCGAAGGAUACCCAAUAUUCGAUCAUGAUCCCAAUGAACAUUGAUGCCAAAUUCAGCGAGAUAAGGUGGCACCUACGGGAUUACCCACUUCCCUUUAUUAAUGUACCGGCAUUGCAGCCUUCUCAGACGAGGGAAGACUGUGCACUUCGUAUUUACGGUGACAUGAUUGUGUGCGAAGAUAUGAUUACUUCAGAUCAUGAAUUAAGGUGUGUUUAUGUGCCAUUGGUUCCUUCCAUCAUUGUUGAAAACACAGAUGAAUACUACUCUUUGAAAGUUCCAAGAACUGUAACCAGUAUCAAGUUUUACAUUGACUUGAAUCUCGAUAGUUUUUCGAACAAUUCUUCUCAAAUUACCAUGGGUAGUUCAUUCCAGCCUGCCAUCCAACAAACAAUGCAGUGUAUUGAAAACAUCUCAAAACCACCUCUUGAUCCUUCCCAGAAAACAGGAUUCUGGGAUAAAGUCCGGUACUUAUUCCACGGUCACCUUAAGGUAUCAUGGAAAAACCAAGGACGUUUUGAAGUCGCCUUCAAAGGGUCUAAAAGUCCUUAUGUUUUGGGGAGAGAAAACGCUGGUUUUAUAUUGGGAUUUGGCGGUGACGUUGUUUUGAGUGUGAAUGAGAACGAAGACCCAAAGAAAUUCCUUUCCUGUACUGCAAAUGAGAUAUACUUCAGCAUCCCAAACUUUUUUGCCAAACCGUUACUUGUUUGGUCGAGGCCAAGCUCCGAAGCUGUUUUUGCUGCCAAUCAAAACGACACUAACUUACAGAGAUCAGCUUCCUAUUAUUACAUGGCAGACUUCGUGAAGACAAAAAGUCAAACUGCCGAUAUCCAAACCAUGGAAUCAAACUAUAUUGAAAAGACCGGUGUGAAACUAACCGGUGGAAUGGAAUUCAGCCUUGGAUUUAUAUUUGAACGGAUGGUUCUCGGGAAGGACAUGCAUAUGGGCGAAAGAACAUUUGCUUCUGCGCAUCACUAUGACAUUAGACUAACGAACCCAAUUUAUGUUCCUGACCUGAGCAAGCAUGAUUCGUAUGCCGGUUUCAGAAGCGAUUUCAUCCACAUGUCAUUCAAUUUAGUAUCGAAAUCAGAUUCUGCGUAUAAUGCAAUGCAAUUGGGACCUGGUACUAUGGAUGUUUUCAUGAAAUGGUGGAAGACAUUUUCGGGUAAUUUCCCUGUGCGGAGAGGUAAAUUGUUUAGUAUCCAGAACAAUGCUCCUAAAUUCGGGGAACAUUUAGCGACUAUCUCUUACCACGCGGAUGCAAGACCAUUGUUUAUUACUCAUUUGGUUCAUUCAAUCAAUACAGACAAGAACGUGGAUAAAUGUUACUUAGAUUUCGUGGAGUUCGUAGGGACUAAAACAAAAACCAAAAGGUUCACCAUGGACCUACAUCAGAGAAAGGAGUUGGUGACCGAGUAUAAUCCUGAAUUGGACAUCAGAAAGAGAGUCAAAAAAAUGAAAUUCUUGGAAGGUGAAGUUGAAAUGGAUGAUAUUGACAUACGGACAAUUCACGGUAAGUUUGGUAAAUUAGCUUACGUCGAGCAGAAAGAGGACGCCCAUUACGAUAUCUUUGACAACGAUCUAACGUGGCUCGACUUGACGGAUUUCCAGGAGCCGUUCUUUGUGGAUGUAGACAAGUACUUGCCUUCUGUUGAGAUUAAACCUUUUUUCCACGCCCCCAAUUUCAUUUACCAGAAGCGUUCAAGCUAUGGUGAUAAGUUCCAACUGGAUCCUGUGACAUACCAACCCACCACACCAUUUUUGAACAACGUAUCACACAACUGUGUCUUGGGUAGGGAGGUCCAGGUUCCCACAAAGGUAUUGGAGGAUAGGUUAAAAAAUUUGACAAGUUUCCAGACGCAAUUGACCAACGAUUACUUAAAAACCGAGGAUCCUUCCAAAAAGAAACUUCUCAACUAUCUGUUGGAGAAAGCGAAGGUUGGGUUAGACAGUUUGGAUUUACUGCACGAUGAUGUCAGUGCUCUUUGUUAUGAACGGUCCGAAUCCACCAACGAUAGAAGAGUCUACAGCAUCCCCGGUGUCCAAAUAUUGGAUCGGUCAACUGUAUCCACCAAAGAAUUUGAGAAUCGGUUCUUCAUUUUCAAUAUGUUGUUGAAGUGGAACGAGGAUAUCAGGGAUAUUAUUAUGAAAUUCCUGCACUAUUUGAGUUUGGCCAGCAAGUUUUCGUCGCUGUCCUCGCAGAAGAGUUUAAAGAUUUUUGAAGAGAUGAUGAAGCACAGAAUCAUGAACGAGAAGAAGAUGGACAUGGAGACCAUUAACGAGGAGCAAGAGCCCAUUGAUCUACAAAUGGGUUCCGGAAACAAGUUUGGUAAUAAGACUGAUGAUUUGAUGCACCUAUCAGAGAUAUGUUUGGAUCUUUUCGAAAACGGGAUAACUACUGUUGAAGCGGACAUCGAGUAUCUUGUUCACAAGAACACGUUUCUUCAGUUGGUUGCACCUCAAGUUCAACUAUCGAUGCGCGAGGAACCCGAUAUGUGUGUUAUUGUCACAGCGCCGAACAUUAUCACGAAAAAUUUAUCCUUUGAACAAGUUGGGAUGGAGGAUCAUGACGAUCAAUUCUUAAAGCGGUUUGGUGUUAUUGUGAACAAUGCAAAUGCGUUUUUACUGAGGAAGGCUGAUUUCAAGAACAAGUACGAGUUGUACUUUGACAUGAACUCGUACGGCCAAAAGAAGGGCACCGAGUGGCCACCUUGGUUAGGUAUCGAGCAAGGGUUCCAGAGUAAGUCCCUUGACGACUUCAAGAUAUUAAAGGACCUGUCAUGUGUGAUCCAUUCACAGACAGUGUCCCCAUUCUCCAAUUCGUACCAUUUAGUGAAGACUUACAUCCAAGACAAGAUGAUUGUCCAUGUUCCCACUGUUGCGGUGACUGCUACGUCGCGUGAUUUUGGUACCAUGUACAAGAUGGUGAACAAGUUGUUGAAGUACCAGGAGCCCGCGAAGGUGAAAUUGAACAAGGAGAUCGAGACAAUGUCGAUUGCGUACGACGUGGACAACAUUCCGAAGCUGCACCAGCUGGUCUCGACACUUUAUAAAGAUUUCGGGAUAUUGAACAAUGUCUCUAAGGAGCUUCUCUUUAAGAGACAGUUGUUGGACGACGUCGGGCGUGUUGAUUUGCUAAACGUGUACGCGGAAAGCGAGUCGCACUUGCUGCGGCUCCACAUGCUGAUGCGUGUGCUGGAGUCGAAUUCGAUCUGGCAGAAAGCCUCCACUGGUGGUUCCGAGAGCAGUGGGAGUCGUUCGAAGAUGCUCGUUUGCAAUGUGAACAAAGUGUUGUUGAGUUUCUUGAUGAACGAUUAUACGCCAUUCCUUUCCGUGUCCCUGGCGCGUACGAUCUUCCAGCGGGCGAAACUUUCGAGUGGUCUUUCGCGGAACAAGCUUGUCAUCGGGGAGCUGAGCGUUGUCAACGAGUUGCCGGAUGCAGUGUACAAGACUGUGUUCAGUGGGUUCCCCACGAGUGUGUCACAAGCGGGUUCACUACGGCCGAUGAUGGAUUUCCAAUGGGAGAUCGACGAGCCCGUUGGUGGUAUCAAAGUGCUAAAUUUUGCGGAGACGUUACUCUCUGGAGCGUGCUUACAGAUCGACGACGACACAAUCGAUUGUGUCAUGCAGUGGUUAAACUUGAAGGAGGUACGGUCUGACGAUGGCGACGGCACAACGACAGUGGUAGCUGGUGCUGGAACAGACCGUGACUUGAACGAGAUGGUGCAGCGUGCCUCCGAGUACAUGAUCGUCGAGCGGAUGGUUCUCAACGCGUUCCCACUGCUGGUGAGUUACAAGGGCCACGGGAAGAAGCGGCUCGGGAACGUGACGAACUUCGCGUUCGACUUCCCUGAACUUCUGUUUGCGAACGAGACUAUGAAGUUGCUGGACAUAUACAUGGUGGUGAGGAAAGUGCUCGUGAAAGUUCUGUUGAAGCACACUGCGCGGUUCCUGACGACGAAGAUCCGCAAGCGGCGGUCCACCAUCGACUCGAGGAGCACUGCCCCGGCGAUGCUACCAGCCCCGCGGUCAAGUGGCGCGGGGUCCCUGGACUCCGCGGGAACUUCCCCCGAGGCAAGAGACGCUGCCCAGGACGCUGCUGACGGUGCCUCGACCGCUCAACGGCUCGCGCUGGUCGCCGACGAGUCCCGGGGCGCUGUCCUGGUGCGACGCCGCAAUAGCACCUGA